UUCAAUUCCCCUCCCCCCAUUCAGUGAAUGCCACAGGACAGACCAGCAGCUCAGAGCAUUUUCAAUCUUUGCUCCAGCAGCACGGUCUCUGAUGCCAUCCACUGCAGGGGCAGGGGGGGGUUCCCACACACAGCGAGACUCCAGGACCUUCCUGAAUCAUUGCUGCAGCACGCUUGAUCGCUCCAGUUUCCUGGUAGCAGAAGAGGGGAGGUUUCGUUGCUGCUGCACUUGCUGGCUGAGAGCUCUCUUCUCUCUCCAUCUGUGUGUGCCUCUCCCCAUGACUCUAACAGCAUCGCGUGCUCUCACUCUCAAUCCUUCUUCCCACAAUUCACACACAGUCUCCUCAGAACAAGGAUGAUGUCACUUCCUUCUGGAGUGUGUCGGGGGUGUGGAAGGGGGGAAGUCACGACCCCCAGCUCAUUUGCUCUGAGCAGCCCCAGUUGAAUAAAUGAGGUUGCUAUCUUGGAGAGAGGGAAUUUUUCUGAAGAUUAUGCCUUGCUUCUUCGGCAGCUAGUCCCUGAGCCAUCCUCUCUUCUGACUGGGAUUUUCAAUGGCUGCAUCAGAGUUUGCUGUUUCUUCCUUCACUUGUGAUUUCUGUCUCCCUGGACAUGCACUUUCCCUGAAACACCCUCACGGAAGAAAAGAAUGAGCUGCUGCUGGACCACCUGCCAUGAGGUGAGUGUCGUGUCUGCUGAGCCUCUUCAGACCUGCUAGCCAUGCCAGGGAUUGUGGUGUUCCGCCGUCGCUGGUCUGUAGGCAGCGAUGACCUCGUUUUGCCAGCCAUCUUCCUUUUCCUCCUUCAUACCACCUGGUUUGUGAUCCUUUCUGUGGUGCUCUUUGGGCUGGUGUACAAUCCCAACGAGACCUGUUCUCUUAACCUGGUGGACCACGGCAGAGGCUACCUGGGCAUCCUUCUCAGCUGCAUGAUAGCAGAAGUGGCAAUCAUCUGGCUCAGCAUGAGAGGCAGCAUCCUGUACACAGAGCCUCGGGAUUCGAUGCAGUAUGUGCUCUAUGUCAGACUGGCCAUCCUGGUGAUCGAGUUUGUGUAUGCUAUAGUGGGCAUUGUUUGGCUAACCCAGUACUACACCUCGUGCAAUGACCUCACUGCCAAGAGUGUCACCUUGGGAAUGGUAGUGUGCAACUGGGUCGUCAUUCUGAGUGUCUGCAUCACUGUCCUGUGCGUCUUUGACCCGACAGGGCGAACCUUCGUCAAGCUUCGGGCCACAAAGAGAAGGCAGCGCAACCUGAGGACAUACAACCUGCGGCACCGCCUGGAAGAGGGACAGGCCAGCAGCUGGACACGCCGCCUCAAAGUUUUUCUGUGCUGCACGAGAACAAAGGAUUCCCAGUCAGAUGCCUACUCUGAAAUCGCCUACCUGUUUGCUGAGUUUUUCCGAGACCUUGACAUAGUCCCAUCUGACAUCAUUGCAGGCCUGGUCCUCCUGCGGCAGCGGCAGAGGGCAAAACGCAGCGCGGUGCUGGAUGAGGCGAACAAUGACAUUCUGGCCUUUCUGUCUGGGAUGCCAGUGACAAGGAACACCAAGUACCUGGAUCUGAAAAAUGCACAAGAGAUGCAGCGGUACAAAGAAGUGUGUUACUACAUGCUCUUUGCCCUGGCUGCCUAUGGCUGGCCCAUGUACCUGAUGAGGAAACCCACCUGUGGACUUUGUCGCCUGGCUAGAUCCUGCUCAUGUUGCUGUCUCUGUCCCUCACGGCCUCGCUAUGCACCUGGUGUCACCAUUGAGGAGGAUAACUGCUGUGGGUGCAAUGCUAUUGCCAUCCGUCGCCACUUUCUGGAUGAAAACAUGACCUCUGUGGAUAUUGUCUACACCUCUUGUCAUGACGCUGUCUAUGAAACGCCCUUCUAUGUGGCUGUGGACCAUGAUAAGAAGAAAGUGGUCAUCAGUAUCCGAGGAACUCUCUCUCCAAAGGAUGCCCUGACUGACUUAACUGGAGAUGCAGAACGCCUUCCAGUUGAGGGUCAUCAUGGAACCUGGCUGGGACACAAGGGAAUGGUGUUGUCUGCUGAAUACAUCAAGAAGAAACUGGAGCAGGAGAUGGUUCUUUCUCAAGCCUUUGGGCAUGAUUUAGGCAGAGGAACAAAGCACUACGGCCUGAUUGUGGUGGGACAUUCCCUAGGGGCUGGCACAGCUGCCAUUCUGUCCUUCCUUCUGCGUCCCCAGUACCCAUCACUGAAGUGCUUUGCGUAUUCUCCCCCAGGUGGGCUGCUGAGUGAGGAUGCCAUGGAGUACUCGAAAGAGUUUGUGACUGCAGUGGUGCUUGGCAAAGAUCUAGUCCCCAGGAUUGGUCUCUCUCAGCUGGAAGGAUUUCGCCGGCAGCUUCUUGAUGUUCUCCAGAGAAGUACCAAGCCUAAGUGGCGAAUAAUUGUGGGUGCCACAAAGUGUAUACCUAAGUCAGAGCUCCCUGAAGAGAUAGAAGGGAAUUCCGUGACCAGUAACCGUCUCUGGACCCACCCCAGCGACCUAACCAUUGCCCUGUCUGCCAGUACACCACUCUACCCACCCGGCCGCAUCAUCCAUGUGGUGCACAAUCAUCCUGUUGAGCAGUGCUGUUGCUGUGACCAGGAGGAUCCCACGUAUUUUGCCAUUUGGGGGGACAAUAAAGCAUUUAAUGAAGUGAUCAUCUCUCCAGCAAUGCUGCAUGAGCACCUUCCCUAUGUGGUCAUGGAGGGACUCAACAAGGUCCUGGAGAAUUACAACAAGGGCAAGACUGCCUUACUUUCUGCAGCCAAAGUAAUGGUGAGUCCCACAGAAGUGGAUCUCAACCCAGAGUUGAUCUUCCAGAAUCAGCCCUUGCCCAGCGGGCCUGCAGUACAGGUUGGAACUGGAGCCAUAUUAGCAGACAGAAGGAACAGCAGCAUCAAGAGCAAGUCACAAUCUGAAAUCAGCUUGGAGGGGUUUUAUGAGACCAAGCCCCUUUCUUCUGUGCAGAAGGACCCUGUAGAGCUUCUGCUCCUGGAUACCAAGGAGCGCCUGUCUGUGGAGCUGCAGGACCGCCGUGCUCCUCUGGCCACCAUGGAGAGUCUGUCUGAUAAUGAGUCCAUCUACAGCUUUGAUUCACGGCGCUCCUCAGGCUUCCGGAGCAUCCGUGGCUCCCCCAGUCUCCAUGCUGUCAUGGAGAAGGAUGAGACGCACUGUUUUUAUAUAGACCCCGUUAUCCCUGAGGAGAACCCCUCCCUCAGCUCGAGGACAGAGCUGCUUGCUGCUGACAGCCUCUCUAAACAUUCACAGGAGACACAGCCCCCUGAGACCUUGCAUAACAGUGGUGGCACUACCCCCCAGCGACGCUGCAGCGAGGAAGGGGCUGGCAGCGAAGGGGACAGAAUUUCCUUUACAGGCCAAGAGGAGCUGUCCCUCCAGAAUGGACGGCUCCCUGAUGUGCCCAGUCCACAAGUGCUGGAGUUUGCUGAGUUUAUAGACAGCCUCUUCAAUCUGGACAGCAAAAGCAGCUCCUUCCAGGACAUCUAUUGCAUGAUGGUAUCAGAUAGCUCCAAUGACUUUGCAGAGAUGCCUAAGUCUGUCAGUGAUCAGGAGAUCCUGCUGAGAGCACAGUAUGAGCCCAACCUGGUCCCCAAGCCCCCUAGGUUGUUCGCAGGCUCAACUGAUCCUUCUUCAGGCAUCUCAGUCUCACCUUCCUUCCCUCUGAGUUCAUCUGGAGAACUUAUGGACAUUACUCCCACAGGCAUGAGCAGCCAGGAAUGCCUGGCCACUGACAAAAUCCGGACUUCCACCCCGUCUGGUCACAUGACCAGCCCCACCAAGCAGGAGGACCUCAUGAUCUCAGCCCUCUAGUGCAGGAGAGGAGGGGGAGGCUCUGAGCCAAUCCCGUCAGCUGAAUGCUGGGAUAACACUUGGAGGAGCUGGUCGUUGGGCAGUUCAGGAUCAGGGGAGACACCUGGAAACAUUCCUUUGGGGUGCUAGGCCAGUGGCACUCUGCUGUCAGGAGGAUGGAGUCCACGCCUUGGUCAUGCACUUACAUUUGGGAGAUGAAGCGCUGCCUGGCAAAGCCUGCUACACUAAGAGGGUCUCAUUCACUGAAGUUAGAUGUUUGGUUUCCCUACCUCAGUCUUUCUGAUUAAAUCGGGGCGGGGGGGGUACUUGCUGAGGUAUGGGAGUCGGAUUUCCUGCUCCAGGGUGUCUGCUGAAGUUAGGGGAUUGAUUCCCUGGGGAGCUAGUGGAUCAGAAGCAAGGGGGGUGGAUCACUUUGCUGUUACCAUUUCAGUGGUUCCAGUAGUGAGUGGAUUGUGACUUUGGGCCCUAUUGCACUAACACAUCAUGUCAGACCCAGACACCAAUUCAUUGCCCUUUCAUGGUGUUUGUCUUUUGUAAGACCCUCUCUCCUGUUUUAAAGCCAUUGGGGCUGUUAUUCCAGGGGAAUGCAGCCACCCCUUCCCUGACCGGGUGCAGCGAGACUCAGGCUGGCACUGUGUGUUUUCGCUCCCCUGAUUACCUCUGUUCAGUGACUACUUGGCUUCUUCUGAGAAGAAAGAAAACCUGUGGUACUGGAGAGCAUCAGGCCUCUGCUGCAUUCCCUCCUUCACCAGCAGGAGGCCCCUCCGUCACCUCUUCACAGCUCCCCAAACCAUUCCGAACUGGCAACACCCCCAUCAAAAGACUCACAGGAUUCUCAUCUCAAUAGUGCACGGAUGGGUCAGGUUAAUCCAGUUUUCAGUAUUUCAGAGGCUUCCAGAACCCAACAUUAUUCACCAUGUCCCUGUGGUGCCUGGAAGCCUUCUCAGUCCUCAGACUACCGGUACGGUCAUCGUAGGUCAGUGCCGGUCUCUGCCAUUGGAGUUCAGGGAAAAGAUGAACCUUAACUAACCUAACCUUAACAUACUUGAAAUCUCAUGUAUGUUUACAGAGCUGCUAAAGCUAUUUGGAAGGUAUUUAUUGACCAAACAGGGAAGCUCUCUCUGAGCAAGAAGAACGUUCACACUCCCUUUCCAGGGCCAUUCACUCUAUUUGGGGGCUGGGGGGAGAGUGAGGUGGACAGGAAGUGCUGUUUUAAAACCCCCUGUUUUAAAGAGGAAACAGGGUGGUAGGAGAAACCCUUUGAUCUAAGCCCGUGGGGAAACUGCAUGCAUCCUUCAUCCUGGCUUCCCACAAGGGUUCAUCAGCUUCACCCUACUGCACAAUAACUCAUUAAAAAGCCCCAAUAUGUCAUUAAUAAAACUGUCUAAGCAACCAGUCCUGCGGUGCAGAACUCCAGAACCCAGGGUAGCCUGGUGGCUCUAUUUAAUGGCAGGAAUUUGUUGAUGAUGGAAGUGGGAGAGAAACUUCCUUCUUAGAAAGUUAAAAUCUACUAUUGUCUACAAGAGUCUUUUAACUUACAAAAUACCUUCAUAUCCAAACUCAGCAGAAUCAGUCUAUUGUCUAGGGCUUUGCCUUUUUUACUAGAAACAGACUUCUGUUUGAUACUGCUAUAAAAUGCCCCCAUAUUACAUACUCUUAGCUGUGGAAUUUCUACACUGAGGAGAAUUCCACAUUUCCCAGAAUGUCAUCCCCAUUAUACAAGAGAAGAGUAGGGGCCAGGGCCCUGUGUGCUGGGUGCUGUAUAAACACAGAGCAAAGAGAUGGUGUAAAAUGCUAUCAAAUCAGAACACUAGCUUUUUUUACACCUGCUCUUCUUUAAUGUAAGAUUUCAGAAGGUGUAUGGUAAUGCUGAAUUGUGCAUGUCCCAGAGGCUUGUGUCUAGUCUUACAACUUUGUAUAGGAUGAAUUCCCCUUUCUCUACUGUGAAGUACUUAGCUUUUGGAAAUGCAGGAGUUUUAACUUAUUAACACUAAACAUUUUUACCCGGCUCAUUAGUUGAGACCAAAAUAUGACCUUAAAAUUAUUAGGGUCAGGAGGAAGAAUGCCCACUGGAUUCAAAGCAACUCUCUUUUUUAAUAGUUUAUUUCUUUCUGAGCAACAACAAGUUGCUUUUUUAUAUAGGCCCUCCAAAAAAGAGCAGUGCAUUGUGUUCCCUUUGCUGACUGAGGCAGCUGUUAGCCAGUAUUAUGCUGACAGCAUGAACGGUUCUGGAACCCAGACAAGAUCGGUUGUGUUAAUAUCAUCCUCCAUUGCAAACACAGAGUGAGAAUGAAUGGGUAGAGAUAAAUGAGUAAGAGAUUUAAUAUCAGGAGGGCAUUACAAUAAAGUGUAGUGUUAGAAUAGAGUCGGGUGUGUGCAAGAUUUAGGGAUAUGGGAAAGUAGCAAGCUAAACUCACUCCUACAGACUGGCUGCUGACGAGCCUGUAUUGUGGAAAGGGCCUGAGACACUGCUGGAGCAGUGUGCUAGCUUGAAGAGAGAGAAAGUCCAUUCCUGUCUUUCUCAGACAGGCGGGCAGUGAUAACACUUAGCACUUAUCUAGCGCUUUAUAUUUUCAAAGCACUUUACAAACAUCAGUGAAGGAAUUGCCUCAGUCCCUGUUGGCUAGAUUGGUGUUAGGAUACAGGGCUGUUGCUUGUCUCAAUCAAUCUGCUGUUGUUAGGGGGAGCCUGUGCCCUAGAUGGGGAGAUUACAUGAAAUUAGGAGCCAGACUCUCAUAAAUUAGGGGUUUGAAUUGCUGCUCUGGGCCUUGUCGAACAUUAUACUUAGGACAUGUUAAUUGUACUUAAACCAUGAGCCACCUCAUAUUCAAGCAGUAAAACUUGCCAAGUGCAUUCAUGUUGUAGGAAAGUUAGGACUUUUUGUAGGAGAAGUAGCUCCAGAUCAUAUUAAGUAGCACGUCAUCCUGCUGACUUUGGGUCCCAGCCCUGGGACCACACCAGAUUCUCCAACCAGUUCUGGUGCAGUCCUAGGGCUGAGACUGACAAUCAGCUGAUUGUUGGUCCCAACUCUGGGAUCUCACUGGAAUCUCAAACUGAUUCUGGUCCUGAGGUACUAGCAGGGUGGUGCCCUCCUCUGGGCUUGAUUUUUCUAUGCUGCCCUCCACUUCCUGCCAGCAGCAGAGAGACAGCUCAUGAGAGCUCCCUAUAAAGCAUGCAGGCUGGCAGAGUGUAGUAAGCGUUACCAUGUGACAGCUCAGAACACGUUUUAAUGUUUAGUAUGGCACAGUAAUGCUCACUACGAUCUAAAUAAAACGCACGCUAAGUGUCCAUGUGACAAGGCCAUCUGUCAGUGAAAGUCUUGUUAUUGUGUUACGAUUUCCAUAGUGACCUGAUUUUUGGCUAAGAGGUCACAGCACUGCACUAGGGAAUUGACACUGUUGUGGGCACUGAUCCAUGGUUUCCUUUGGUGAGUGUGUGGGUAUGUAUUUGACAGUCUCCGUUGUCAGAGCCAUUAGAGUUGUAUCUGAAAGGGACACAAAUACAGUUUUGCUUCCCAUUUUGUGGUCUGUGAUUACUGGGCUUCUUCUGAGUAGCAUAGGAAUAGGCGAUAUCUGAUGAUCCAGGGUUGCCACUGACCACUGGAGAAGGGGAGUAGAGGUAUGAAAGAGGCCAGUUAGCAAAGCUGCAUACUUUAGCAGGAGUAGCUAUUUUCUUCUGUCCCCUCCUGAGAAACCAGGAUUAUUUGCAGUCAUUGGCCCUCCCAAAGUAAUCCCACAGUCUCUGAAUGAAGGAUGCCCAUGUACACCUUAUACUGGCCAUUUCUAAGGAAACAUUUAUCUUCACCCCCAUCAACUUUAUGCUUUAUAGGAAGCACUUGCAAAACCUAGCCUCUCUUUGCACCUUAAAAGAAUGUAUCCGAUUAGUCAGUUUUAGAAUGUAAUGCCAAGCCCUUGGCUACCUCCUCCACAUGUAUGUCAUGCUGCAGUUUCCUUUCUCGCCCUUUUUCCACCCCAAUGUGCAGUUGUCUCAAACAUGUCGCUUUUUCAGGUUCCUUAAUUGCUUGGCUGCUGGUUCUUAUCCUUCAGCUCCUGUGCAGCACUCUUGUGCCUUUCAACAUUUGGAAAUUCCAGUGAAAUCUCAGCGGGGUGUCACACUGAGCGGGGCAGUACAGAAGGUGCAAUCUGAUGUACCUGACUCACUGGACAGCAGCUAAGCAGUUCAUAGUGCCAAUCAGUUCAUUGCCACACCCAUGCCUUCCAUCCCAGAUGGGGCAAUUGGUACUGCAGUAUCCUUCUGAUGAAGGAUUGGAGUGGAGGGCACCUAGAUAUUGGAGCUCAGAGGCUGGGUUUCGUGCACCUUAAAAUAGAUCAUGUGAAACUCUGUACAUCAACACAGCUUUGCCAAAGAGACCCACAAAGCAAUGCCCUUGGUUAGACACUUUCUAGUUAGCUGAAUUAUAAUGAGACGUCACACACUGCAUUUUAUCUUUAAACCCUCAGCAAACUAAUGGAAUGCAACCUCUGGAACAACUGAGAACAUUGCAGGAAGCUUUAAGCUGUUGUAGGAACACAGCUUUAACUCAGUUCUUUUGAGUCAGAGAGAAGGUCUCUGGCUCUGCCUUAGAAAACUCUGGCAGAGAGGUCUCGUUCUUGCUUUUGCAUAUGCACACAAAUGUUAGGCUGUGCUGGAGACCUGAUCCCAAGCCAUUGCACUCACUGGAAAGACUAUUUAUAGUAAUGCAUUUAGAUCAAGCCCUUAAAGCAGCUUGGCUUUAGCAUGCGAUAGCUUUUUAAAUUACUCUUUGGUUUUGGCAGGUACUGUCUGUGUCCCAGUUGCAGAUCAGUUCCCUCCUGUGUUAUGUACUAUACAAACAUGGAACCAAAAGACAGAAUCUGCCUCAAGGUUUUACAUCUCCCCUCCUUCUCUGGGGUGGUGCACUUUCAGUUUGGGACCAUCACUUUCUCUUGCCACUCUUUGCUCCCCUUUUCUUUCUUGGCUCUUCAGAAGGUUAAGUUACCUUAUCAUGAGGUGCUAGUACCCCAAUCCACAUUCUUGGGCCAUCCCAUAUGCCCGGUGCUGACUCCAUCCCACCCAUCUGACCUUUGUCUGGGAUUCCUAACUCCUGCACCUUUUGCCCACCCUCUCCCCUUGUUAGAUUCCCAUCCUGAAAAGUCUUGCCUUCAGUGCCCAGAACUUAGCAAUAUUGGCUCUGGGUAUUUGAUAUUUAAGCCAUUGCUUCUGCCUCCUGAUUUGGACCCUGUUUAAAUUCACAACUCCUUUUUAUUUCUCUUUUAACUUUAUUUGGAAGAGAAUGGUAGUUAUAUCAGAUAUGAUGUUCUCAGAUGACUUAAAUUGCAAAAAUACGCCUGAGGGUAGAAAUACAAAUGAUGAUGUAUUCCACAGACUUCCAUUUCUAAGCCCAUCAGCUAUUAGUUGCAUUAAUUUGUAUUAUAAUAGCAUCUAAGGGCCCAAUCUGCAAUUAGACAUUAAAUACAAAUAUUUAAUUAAUCCAGAAAGAACAGAGGAGUGUGCAUUGUAACCAAACACCAAAGGAGCAUGAGAGAGAAGGGAAGCCACUAAACAUGACACAAUGGAUAUGAAAUAGAUGCUGCUGUGGGCUUUUUCCCCACAAGCAACCUGACUUAUUUCCUUGCUUCAAUCAGUACCUCCUUCAAAGGAAAAUAUACACAAGAACAAAGACAUUACCUUGGCAGACCAGUGCUCUAUCUAGGCUAGUACCCUAUCUCUGACCCUGGGAGUAGGCACUGGAUGGCUGCAGCUGCUUCAGAGGAGAGUGCAAGAAAUACUAGAGCAGGCAUUUACUGACAUAUUGGGAAGUUACUUGCUUGUCCCCUCCUUUCAAGUCUGACUCAUCCUGAAACACAGGGCUCUUUCUCUUAUUGCUCCUUUUGGACUUUUUCUGUCAUCUAACAAAACUUCAAAUGUUCUCCUUAUUCAAGUAAAUGCCCAUUCUUCUUUUGAAUUCUGUGAAGUUCUUGGCCCCUGUCAUACCUUGUAGCAAGAAGUUCUGCAGGCUAAAUUAAUGUUGUAUAAAAACGGAUUUUAUUUGUAUCCUUCUAAAUUUGUUCUCUGACGGUGUUAAUGAACAUCUUAUACUUGUUACAAAGGACGAACAGGAAUGCCUUCUCCCAGCUUUUAACAGUUCUGUAUAUCAUGUCCCCUUCUGAUUUGCCUUUUGUCUAAACUGAAGCAGCCUGAUAUUUUUAAUUGAACCCUUUCAAUAUGGAAGUAUCUUCAUGCCUCUGGUCAUUCCUGCCACAUCAUUAAUUUCUUACUCUGUCCUGGGAGUUAGGGUAACUAUGAAUGCAUGCGAGAUUCCUGGGAAGCAUCCCAUUGACUUAUAAAAUGUUAUUCCAUAAUGUUGUCAGUGCCUUUCCCUGUCCCAUUCUUUAUGCAGUCUACUGUUUUGUGUGCUGUUUUUACUGCCAGUGGGCACUGAGCAGGGGUCUUCAUUGAAUUACCUGCAAUAAUACCAGUGUCCCUCCUGAAUUUUACAUCUUAAUUUAGAGCCCAGUAAGGUGUAUGAGAGGUUCAGAAUAUUCCUUAUAAUGCCUAUUACUUGGCAGUAAUCCAAGCUAAUUUCAAGAUAAUAUAAAGCUGUUACUUUGCAUGUGAUAGAAUAUGUUACUCCUUUCCAGUCAUUCUUGGUUAAAUCCACUUUAAAUUGCUUUCCAGGCUUCCCUAGUUUAGUUUGACGUAAAUAUAUAUUUUUUUCACCUGCCUACAUUGCCCCUGUUUGCUGGCUCUCCUUUCCGGAUCACUAAUGCAUGCUUCACACCCUGCCAUUAACAAAACAAGUAACAAAAUGCACCCUGCCUAUGCAAAAUGUACCUGAUUUCCUCUGCAGGUUUUACGUGUAGCACAAACAAGUCCAGAAAUCUGGUGUAGCUCUGUGGGUUAGCCUGAAAUAAGAGUACCCUGUGAUAUUUCCACACCCUCAGCACGUAUCAUACAUAUAAGCACCUUGUGUACUUUGACUACUGCCUACUAUAGCUAAGUCCUGACCUUGCUGCUGCGUGGUAGGGCAGCCCAGCAAGCUUGGGUUCAUCUCCAUGGUCAGCACUGCUUUUUCAGCAGAUGACUCUUGCCUUUCAAACUCAACUUCUGUAAGUUUUGAGAGUAGAGGGACAAUGACCCCCACUUCUUCUCAGUGAUAGUGGAAAUAAAUAACUGUUUUCUAUAAGCUCCUUUUCUAUAAGGCCUUAACAACAAGAGUUACAAGAGCAAAGUUACAAAAAAAAAUGGAUGAAGUGCAUUAAGCCUGAGGGUCUAGCAUAGAAGAAAAACCUGAAGCAAAAUAGACAGACUUUAUAAUAUAAACACUACUAACAUGCUAGACACUAUGCAAUAGUACGGUAAGGUACAUACAUCAUUAAAUAAGGAAAAUGAAUAUAGUUAUUUAACACCCCCACCCCCCCAAGAUACAACAUGAGUUUUUUCACUGUAGCAUGCACAGCUCACCUUAAGCCCAUAUAAAGGCUAGAAAUCCAGUUACUGUUUUUCACAGGCCUCUCUCCUUUGGUCUCCUGUAUGUGAGAAUGCCCAGUCUGUACCAGAAGCUCUGUACAUCCUUUUCAGUAGCAGUCCUAGAAUUAAAAAUCUCAUCGUUGCUUUUCUGAGCUGGAGCAGUUUGUAUCCUCUUAUUUAUGUCCAGAUAAAGACUCCUUAUAGUCAGCUGCACAGCUCAACUGACAAAAGGACCACAUCUUGACCUUGGGUUCCCUUCUGUGUUGUCCCCUGGGAGAUGAGUUAUAUUUCAUCACUCAAGUGGUGACUGACUGAUCCUUAACUGUCUUGAUGUGAGGUAGGCAAGGAUUUUACAGAUGAGGAAAGCAAGAAGGAGAUGCUGAGGCUUGCCUAAGGUCAGUCAGUCCACAUCAGGAUCUGGGAAUUCCUGGUUCCCAAGCCUGUACUCAAGUCACUAAAUCAUACUGCUCUGAGACAGACAUGCUUGGGGAAAUGGAUUAUUUUAAUCUUUCUUUCACUCUGUCUCCAAGCCCGAAGAGAGAAUCUCUCUAGGAACCAAGUCUUAUAUGUGCUAAUUAUGUUUCCUUUCCACCCACGAGGUCCCCUUAUUAUGUUACCAAACUACCACUGGCACAUGCUGUCCUGAAAGAGGGGUGUGGGGGGUGACAUGUUGGGGUCAUCCCAUGGGAUGCCAGUUUCUAUUUGAUUUGAUUAGUGUUUUAGACCCCAUUUUUAGAGGAAGGGCUUUGCUGCAACAUAAAAUGGUAGGAAACCAUAUCAAGGCAGUGGACAAGCCUGAAACCCAAAUACCAAUCUCUGCAAAUCCCAUAUGACUGCAAUUCUGAUGUGUACCCUAGAAAGGAGACCUUGUAAUGUAUAACCACAGCCUAUGAAGUGUCUGCAGCAGAGUAUUGUUUUUAGCGUGUGGCUCAUGGUGGAGUUCUUGGUUCUCGUGAUGAGGUGGUUGUGCUGGAAGCAGCCUGCUGCCUUGCCUCCUUUCCUGUCUCCACAUGCCACUAUGGGGGGUUUCCUCUUCAGCAUCUCCCUAUUGAAUUCAUGCCCCUUGCUUUUCUUGGAGUCAUUGCACUUUGUUCCCUGAGCAGGAGGAGGGGAUGGGGGUACUGAUGGCAUGAACUGUGGCCACUGAAGAUCAUACACUGGAAAUUUAGAACAAAACCAGAGAGAGAGCAAAUUAAGUUGCCAGUUAUAUUCUUUUUCAAAGGAAGUGGCAGUACUAGGAGACAUCAGGAAAUGUACACAGUUGUUUUUAAGCACUUUGUUGUCUCCAUUGAUGUAACUUUCUUUGUCUGUUUUGGUUUGUGUUUAUGUUGUGCCUUUGCUUCCCAUUGGUUUGAGGUGCAAGGACCCUGCUUUGGACAGAACACCAGGUCCACAAGAUUCUUUUCCUCACUUCCACACAUUGCUCCUAUAUUGGAAGGGGGAGGAAAAGUGGUGUAAGGAUUAGGUGCUGAUUGCCCCACUCUUGCUGCCACUGGUAGUCCCUGUUUCCCAAUCUGUUAGGCUUUGCCAGGUGUUUUCACUGUUCCAUGCUCCCUCAGGUUGUCUUAAAGUGCCAAUGGCAAAGCCUGACUUGUCUGAAGCUGGUCUCCUCCUUGUGUCCAUGAGGUCAGUCAUUCUGCUUCAUUUGUCUAGUUUGUGAUCUUGUCCUGGGCAAAGGCAGUUCCUGAUGCCCCAGAGGAAGGUAACACUGCUUUAACAUGUGCCAUGUCUAGCUAACUGCAGUUCUAUACUUGAACAACCUGCUGAAUACCAGCAGGAAUCAUAAUGAGCAAAAUGGCCCCUGUUUGAGCGCUGGCCCUGUUCUGCAAGAAUUAUUAAUUAAAGGAACUUACUGUGUCUAAACUGUCCAUUGUAUUUCUGGUGUAAUGAACUGCAUUCAGUAUGGCUAUGGAACCCUGAUCUUCCAAAGCCAGGCUCUGAUGUUGGUGGGUUGGGCAUUUUUUGCUGCUGUUACCACUGUGUGUGAAUCCUCUGCUAACAUGACCAUAUCCUCCUCCGUUUUGCCUUUCUCUUAUGCAAGAGGUCCUCCCACUCACUGAGCCCAGGAGAUGGGGAGAUGGUUACUAUGCCACUAGCGUGAAUGAUUUUACAAAAGUAAAUAUAAUGGAAUGCAGACAAAUCCUCCAUCAAUUUACACUGGGAAUCCACUGCUCUGCUGUCCCUCAUGGUCUAUGUGAAUUUUUGAUGGUCCAAAGGAGAGGUAUCUCAUACGAGGGGUAGAAUUAGAAGGGCAUCUCCUGUCUCUCAAGUAGCAUGCAUGUUUCUCAGCAUUCAGACAGGGUUAUUGGCAAUUGUCUGCUUGGUCUGUCCUAUUGUAAUGCACACUUUGUGUGCGGUGUGCAUGCAAAGUGAUCACAUUAGACAUGUGGUUGAUGGACCACUAUGACACAGCAGUAUGUCUGAGGCACCUGCUGGUGGCCACUGUCUUGUGGAGAAGUGACAUCUGCAGCCAAAGCACUCUGGAGGUCUGGACCCUAUCCCAUGCUGCUGCUAUUAAAGCUGGAGAGGUCCCCUCUAAGUCAGAGCCUGAAACCUCCAUUCUGGUGAUAAGCUUUAUUAAGCAGCCAAGAGAAAACCAAGCAUGUGGCUUAUCAGUGGUAAGAUGCACCACACCAUCUGCAUGUUCAGAAUGCUGGGCACCAGCAGUGGGAUGCUGCUGACCUUUCAGCGAGCUUGGCUGUUUGCUGGUGUGUCCUGUCACUUUAGCUGCCUGCCUGGCCGCUCAGGCAAUGCUGCUGUGCAUGUGCAGCUGGGAGAUUGGAGGUGCCCAGGCGACUAUCUCUAUCAUCUGUACGCUCCCUCUCGUUGCACGCCCCUUUCGGUGGAGCAGUGACACCUGAGUCAGUAUUACAGAACACCGAUUUUGUUUCAACAGGGCCUUCCGACCCUCACAUUUGGAACAGGCUUUGGAAAAUAACUGUUGUUAUUCAAAACGUUUGUGUAUAAUUCUAUCCUUUCUCCUUCCCCUUCCUUCUCCUUUGAUACGAAUUAAUGCCUCUGCCCAUAGGAAAGGCCUACUGCCUACUUCUUUCACAUUUUUGCGUAAGUGCUGAGGCAAGUCAGACCAGGGAAAUUACUAAUGAAUGCUUUCAUUUUUCCUGAGUCUUUACAGUUCAGAGCCUUUGCAUUAAGGGAGAAAAGACUUUUUGACCUAACCCAGAGCAGCUCUAACUCCGGGCCAUGGGAUUUAGAGAGACUUCAUAUGCCGUUCCUGGGGAAGAAGCAAAGGAGUCCAUGUUCCUGCACUCAAACAAGAUGUUACUGCCCCUCCUAGGAAUGCACCUGCUGGAUCCCUGCUCAGAAUUGCCCCAGCAUGAAGACAAUAAGGAAACUUGAGCACUCUUCAUGUGCCAUUCUCAUGUGACUUUUUGUACCUAUGUAUGAAAGUUCUAAACUAAUAUUGCUGUAAAGAAAGAUACAAAUUAAUAUAGCAUAUUAUAUAAAGAUAUAUGUAUAUAAAA